AUGCCCAUUGGUGGAAUGCUCGUUCAACAGCGGAAUCCCUAUUCUGGCACGGCCGCCUCUGUCACUCCCACCGUUAGAGUUAAGGUCAAAUACGGUUCUUAUCACGAAAUCUACAUCAGCUGUCAAGCUAACUUCGGGGAGUUGAAGAAUCUACUAGCGCCGACUGGAUUGCAUCAUGAGGACCAGAAGCUGCUAUUUAAGGACAAGGGGAGAGACUCGAAUGCCUAUCUCGAUAUUGUGGGAGCGAAGGAUGGAUCAAAACUCGUUCUAGUAGAGGACGUGAUUAGCCGUGAAAAAAGGUUUCUUGAGAUGCGUAAGAAUGUCAAGAUGGAGAAGGCUUCAAAAUCCAUCUCGGAAGUUGACAAUCUUGCUGCCCAGGUAUCUGCUAGCGAGUCCGUUAUAUCUAAAGGUGGCAAAGUUGCAAAAAUUGAUGUGUUGAAUCUGACUGAGAUGUUGAUGAACCAACUGCUUAAGUUGGACGGUAUCAUUGCGGAUGGAGAUGUGAAAUUGCAAAGGGCUCCAAUCGCUUCAAUGAAGAAGAUGAUGUGAAUCAAUGGCUGCGUGUGAGCUUCAAUGAAGAAGACGAUGUGAAAAAUGGGAGAAAUUGCAGGUCCUUGUCUUCCUCACCAUUCGGUGGUUCAGCGGGAAAGGGAAAGGGAAAGGGAAAUGGGAAGGGGAAGGGGAAGGGGAAGUGGAGCUAAUGGAGAGAGUAUGGUAUAAGGGAAGAGGGGUUUUUUUUUCGUUAAGGGGUAUAUAGGGUAUUUCAUGUUUAGAAAGGUAUCUUGGGCAUUACGAGAAAAAAAUCAACCGAUUUAACAGCCAUUUUAAACGGCUGGAGAUGUUAAAUAGAAUCUUUUUAUUUAGGGGGAGAUGAGUUAUAUUUUUAAAAAAAUGUGGAGUCAAGUUGAUAUUUUCACAUAGUUAAAGGGAAGGGAGUGAUAUUUCCUCAUUAAGAAUUAAUUACGCAAUUGUCCUAAUUGGUAUAAGUAGGUAUAUGUGAUUUGUGCAUAGAAUUGGUUACAAACGAACAAAUAGGUAAUAAAGGAAUUGAACGAAGCUUUUAUUAACAUAAUAAAUGCUUCUAGGAUAAUGAACAUAUAUCUAGCUUAGUACCUGAAUCAUUGUACCUCUUCAAUUCUCAAAAAUGGUUAGCUCUCUUUUGAAACAUUAAGUCAUCAUCAUCUUUGCUUGAACUAAUGCAGCCCUCCGUAUAACUCCCCCUAAUUUUCAAAAACUCUCAAUAUUCAUGUAAGAAGUCUAAAAGAGUUUACAAUGAAAAUCACCCUUCCCUUUGAUCCAAUGACAUCCUACUUUCGGGGCGGCUUGCUGUUAUGUGCCUAACUUCUUAAUUAUUAUGUUGUUGUUAUUGUAUUUGUAUGUGGGUAAGAGUUAUUGCCACGGUGGGGUGUUAAGUAGUUAUUAGAAGUUGGUAAAUUAGUAGAAGUUAGAGAUGAGUAUGGAACUAGAAGAAGUGGAGCAUAGAUGGAGUGUGUGGGUGUAGUAGUUUCAAUGUAAGGGGAAUACGUGAGGCAAGGUUUGUAACUACUUGUUUAUCCUAUUUAAUAGAAACUAAUUUGGAUUAGAAGUAAGCAAUGAAAAAUUAUCCUAAAUUACCUCUCAAUUAGCCAGAUGUCCGGCUUCGUCCGUAAAGCCAAGAGGUAGGCAUCUCCUAAUUAGCCAAAACCCUAUUUUAUCUCUCCUAUUUUCUCUCUAUCUUCUACUUUCUCUCUCUCUCUCUACUGUGUACGUAUCAUCUGGUAUCAGAGCAGGUUGAUCCUACGACUAUAGGUAUGAAUAUUGAGAUCAUUGAAGCCAUACGUUCAUCUAUUCAAGACGUGAUGGUGAUUUCUAAUGAAAUGUUUAUAAUUUAUUAACGUGUCCAAAAGAGUUUGGCUGAGUUGAGAAAGAGGAAGAAGAAGAUGAAGAAAAAGAUAAAGAAAAAGAAGCACAAGGAAACAAAGAAGAAGAGGAAGAAGAUGAUGAUGAAGAAAAAGAAGCAAAAAGAAAUGAAGAAAAAGAAGAAGAGUAAUGUACCAUUCAUCAAUUCCCUCAAAGAGAGCCCAUUUUUACAAUUAGAUUCAUGGGUCUCAAAUUAACUAUCUCAGAUUCAUUGGCUGCAGCUUUUACUAUCAAGAUAUGGGAUUCCGGUGGUCCUUGAGGACAAGGACAAUUUAAAGGGGAAGGAUUGUUACGUGCCUAACUUCUUAAUUAUUAUUAUGUGUUUGUAUGUGCGUAGGAGUUAUUGCCACGGUGGAGUGUUAAGUAGUUAUUAGAAGUUGGUAAAUUAGUAGAAGUUAGAGAUAAGUAUGGAACUGGAAGAAGUGAAGCAUAGAUGGAGUGUGUGGGUGUGGUAGUUUCAAUAUAAGGGGAAUACGUGAGGCAGGGUUUGUAACUACUUAUUUGUCCUAUUUAAUAGGAACUAAUUUGGAAUAGAAGUAAACAAUGAAAAAUUGUCCUAAAUUAUCUCUUUGGAUUUUAUCUUGAGAAGAGGUGGCUACCUCUCAAUUAGCCAAGAGGUAGGCACCUCCU